CAUUUUUUCUCUUUAAAAUUUAUAUUUGAAAGAUAUAAAAUAUGAAAAUAUUGCAAAUAAAAAAUGAUAAUCCAGGCCUUAUGAAAAGGCCUGUUGAUUUCUUAUAUACAUGUUAUUUUAUAGCACGUAUUUUUGUUGCGCUGUUGAUUGAUUUGGUACCCAUUUAUCCGGAAAAAUUGACAUUAGAAAGACUAACAAAGUUACAAUUAUGGUAUUUAUCAACUUUCAAAGACCCUUUAAUGGGAUGGAAGUCGUAUCCUGGAGGAUGGUUUUUUUCUUUUAUAUUGUGUGAAGCCUUUUUUCAAUUACCUUUGUUUUUUUAUGGGAUUCAAGGACUUUAUUACAAUGAUCCCCGUGUACAAAUUCCUAUCCUUAUUUAUGCAACACAUACAGCAACUACUGUUUUUGCAUGUCUUUUUGAACUAAUUUUUUUUAACGUAUACUUUAUUACCUUAAAAGAUAAGAUGAUCCUUGUGUUUCUCUAUUUACCUUUUUUUAUUAUACCUUGUAUUAUGAUUUUGGAUAUGGUAUCUCGUUUAAAACACAGGCUUAUUAUAGAUAUCAAACAUAAUUAAAUGGUUUUAUAUUGUAUGUUCAUACUAUGGAAUGGGAUUUAUUCAU